CGUCCUGCGGUUCGGACGGUGACGCGUCCCGCUUCGCGCUUCCCGCGCUUCGGCCAUGCUCGGUACAGUUUCAGAGCUGAAGUUCUUGGUUCCCUGGGGCCACAUUGCAGCCAAAGCAUGGGGCUCUCCACAAGGCCGACCUGUGCUCUGUUUGCAUGGCUGGUUGGACAAUGCAAACACUUUCAACAGGCUCAUUCCCUUACUCCCUAGAGACUGUUAUUACAUAGCAAUAGAUCUUGGAGGGCAUGGCUUGUCAUCCCACCGGCCAGCUGGGUUUCCAUAUCACUUUUUGGACUAUGUAAAAGAUGUGCGCAGGACGGUAGCAGUGUUGAAGUGGAGUCGAUUUAUCCUCAUAGGUCACAGUUUCGGUGGAAUAGUUGGUGGCAUGUUCUCCUGUAUUUUCCCUGAAAUGGUAGACAAGCUGAUCCUGGUGGAAUCAUUUGGUCCAAUACCUCAGAACUGGGAGAAAAUGCUAAAGUUAAAGCGGGACGUAAUUGAGAAUUUGCUGAAUGCCGAGGCCAACCAUCCCCAGUCCCCUAAAGUGCGCAGUCCUCAAGAGGCACUUCAGAGGUUAUUAGAGGCAAACAGACACUUAACUGAAGAGAGUGGAAAGAUCAUACUGGAGCGAGGGGCCACUGAAGUGUUAGGAGGUUUAGUUUAUAACAGAGAUGUGAGAGUCAGUAUGCAAAUGCCUGCAGAUGAAAAUAUGAAUGUCUUGAAAAAAAUCCAGGCUGAUGUACUGAUGAUUAUAGCACAAAAUGGGCUGUUUGCCAAAGGUCACUCACCAACGCUUCUAGACCAACGCCUGGAACUAUACAGGACCUUCCUAAAAGAGCAUUUCCACUUUGUCAAAGUUGCUGGGAAUCAUUUUGUUCAUCUGAAUGAGCCUGAGGUUGUAGCUGGGAUAAUCAGCACUUUCUUAAAUAAGGGCCAGACCCUCAAAGCCAAUCUGUAACCACCAGCACAGCAGUUCUAUACCUAGAUGGACUACAUAUGAAGAAACCAGUCUUCUUCAGAGAUUCCUGUUCAUCUGUCUUCCCUACUAAAGCUUUUGGCAUAGCAUUGACAAUUUGUACAGGGAUUAACGUAGACAUACAAGCUUCCUAGAGUGGGAAUGAACAUACAGCCAUAUCUACUUCAUAUGGCAAGAUUGUGCCUUAAACUAGGGAAAGCUCCUUGGUUGCUGACAUGUGUUCUAUUUCUUCAGAUGGCGGUCAGAUUAAUUUCUUCCUUAAUGUCUUAGUUUGGCUAUAUGCAACACUGAGUGGGAGCAUAUGAGCUGAUUUGGAGGAUUGUCUCUGACCAUCACUUUGCUUCCUAUUAGAGUUCUCACCACAGACGAUCGUUUUUAUGGUCUCAACAGACAACAGCCACCUGUUCAAUCAGGGAAGUUUCAGCUGUUUCUGCUGCGCAGAAAAUAAAAUUAAUUUGUAAUGUCAA